AUGGCCGCGGCCCCCGACGGCUCCGUCCUGAACCUGCCUCCCGCCGUCCCCACAGCUCGAGGCACGGCCUCCCCUCGCCGCCACCCCUCAGCACCCUCCGAGGACACAUCACAGCGGCCUCUCAGACACACCGGGGCCCCCCAGGGACCCCCGGGCAGCCCCCGCUCCGCUCCUCAGCCUCGGCAGCCGGUUUCCUCUGGGUUUGUUUUUCCCCCUCCCUCGGCCGGAGAUAAAUUUGGCUCUGCCGGAGGCUCUGCUCCUCCUUCCCCGACGGGCAGCCCCGAGAUCCGGGCUCCGGAGCGUCUCACCUUCAGCCUCUGGGACUACGGAGUCUUCGGGCUGAUGCUGCUCAUCUCCACGGGCAUCGGGCUCUUCCACGGCCUGGCCAGGGGCGGCCAGAAAACCUCGGACGACUUCUUCACGGGGGGCCGGCGCAUGUCGGCGCUGCCCGUGGGGCUCUCGCUCUCCGCCAGCUUCAUGUCGGCCAUCCAGGUGCUGGGAGUGCCGGCGGAGGCGUUCCGGUACGGCGCCAAAUUCCUCUGGAUGUGCAUGGCCCAGCUCAUCAACACCCUGCUCACCGCCCAGCUCUUCCUGCCUGUCUUCUACCGCCUGGGGCUCACCAGCACCUACGAGUACCUGGAGCGGCGGUUCAGCAGGAGCGUCCGGCUGUGCGGGACCCUGCAGUACGUGGUGGCCACGAUGCUCUACACGGGGAUCGUCAUCUACGCCCCGGCCCUGAUCCUCAACCAAGUGACCGGGCUGGACAUCUGGGCGUCCCUGCUCUCCACCGGGGCCAUCUGCACCUUCUACACCACCAUCGGCGGGAUGAAGGCUGUCAUCUGGACCGACGUCUUCCAGGUCUUCGUCAUGCUCUCGGGCUUCAUCGCCAUCAUCAUCCGGGGGGCUCUGCUGGUGGGGGGUCCCGCCAAGGUGCUGGCUAUUGCUGCCAACGGCUCCAGGGUGAACUUUGGAGACUUCAACCCGGACCCGCGGAGCCGCUACACGGUGUGGACCUUCCUGCUGGGCGGGACCCUGGUCUGGCUCUCCAUGUACGGCGUCAACCAGGCCCAGGUGCAGCGCUACGUGGCCUGCAGGACCGAGAGGGAGGCCAAGAUGGCGCUGCUGGUGAAUCAAGUGGGGCUGUUCUUCAUCGUCUUCAGCGCGGUCGCCUGUGGCCUCGUCAUGUUUGCCCUCUACAAGGACUGUGACCCCCUCCUGGCCGGCACCAUCGCUGCCCCCGACCAGGGUGUCCUGGGGGGCCUGGCCGCUGGCUUCGCCAUGUCCUUCUGGGUGGCCGUGGGGGCCACCCUGUACCCCCCCAGCGCGGCCACCAUGGGGGUCCUGCCCAGCUCCGGGGCCCUCUGCCCCCCCUACAACAGCACUGGCACCAACAGCACCGCCCUGCCCACGCCCCUCGGCCCCCCUGGGGACCCCCUGGAGCCCACACGACCGGCCAUCCUGGAUGACUUCUACUCCAUGUCCUACCUGUACUACGGGGCGCUGGGGACCCUCGUCACGGUGGGGGUGGGGGUCCUGCUCAGCUCCCUGCCAGGGCCCACCCGGCAGAGGCAGCGGCCCCCGGGGGUGCUGUGGUGGGACAUCGUGAGGAACACACCCUCGGGGGUCCCCCUGGGAGGCAGGACCCCCAGGGACGAGACCCUGGACAAGGCUGGAGCUUCCCAGGCGCUGCCAGAGAGGCUGGAGGGGGAAGGGAGCCCUUCCCGGGACCCCCCCGAGCCCGAAACCACCACGGAGCUGCUGCUGCAGGAGACCCACAUGUAG